AAAGCCAAUCAGAGCAGCAGAGCGGCUGCACUGCAAACGUGCUGUGUAGUGUAGUGUGUGCUGUGAAAGCGAAAGUGUAAAGCAAGACACAGCAUUUGUGUGUGUGUGUAUAUGUAUGUGUAUGUGUUAAAGUGUCUUUAACGAGUUUAAACGAAGCUCUUGGAAAUUAAAGCGCUGCACAGAUCCUUUGGCUGCUUUUGAUCAACGGGGCUGUGCCCGUUUUUAAUGCAACACAGCGAAAAUGUAACUGCUCCAUUUUUGGAUCAAUGCAAUCGUGUGAAAUUCAUUUAGUGUGUCGUACAAAGGCGAUUUGUACAUUGUUUUUAUUUGGUGCCAAAACUAAUUCGUACUAAUUCGUACCACCGAUUUGGUAAAUUCAACAAAAGCUGACUUCAAUUGUGUGCAAAUAAAAAAGAAGGAUUAAAUUGUAAAUAUUGAAUAGUUGUGCAGAACAGUGUAUUGCAUAAUUGGGUACAGCUCAAAAUUGAUAACCCACGAAUCCGAAACCAGAAAACCAACCAACAAACAUCGGAAAUAUGUUUAAUUUUUGGAUAAUCGCUUUAUGCCUAGGAUUACUGGGAACUCAACCAAUAAAUGGACAAUCUGAUGUCGAAGUGCAGCUGGUGGUGCCGAGGUAUGUGGAGCGAGGCUCCAGUGCCACGUUCAAGUGUCGUCACAACGUGAUACCGGAAAUUCUUUUCAAGGUGACCUGGCUGAAGGUUGACAAGGGCAAAUUCUUCGAGUUUAUAAGUGGACGCAAUCCACCGUUUCGGAACUCAACCAUUGAGGGAGCUGAAAUCGAUUGGGAGCACUCGAACGAAACGCAAGUAACCCUCAAGGAUGUGCAAUUCGACUUGUCGGGCCAGUUUUUCUGCGAGGUUUCAACGGACACUCCCAUCUUCACCAAGGCCAGUGCUGAUGAGCUAAUGAGCGUUUUCUUGCCUCAGACAGGGCCACCCACCAUAAAGUUCCGCAAACGUACACCCUUCGCAAUUGGCGAGAAGCUCUUCGCCUUGUGCAACACUACCCGCGGACGCCCCGCCCCCCACGUUACAUGGCUUAUCAAUGGGAAAAAGGUUGAGGAUAAGUUCGUGCGCACCCAUCAUGUGUACUCCUUCAAUGGCAAGCACCAGCGCCGCACGCAGCAGCACCAGCAGACGCAGCUGAGUCAGCAGCAACUGCAACACUACUAUCAGCAGCAAUACUACAACCAGUACCAGCCCCAGUAUCAUUUGCACCACUACAUCGAUCGCUAUGACAAGAGCCUCCGCUUCGGGGGCGCGCGUCCAGGAGAUGAAUUCUCGCAGUAUGCGCCGCAUCAUGGGCACGACGGACAUGGACAUCAUGGCGGUGGCGGCGGCGGUAGCUUCUACAACAAUCCGUAUAGCUCCUUGGCCAAUUAUCACGACAUUGGUGAAAUACAUGAGAUACACCAGCGCAACUAUGACAUGAACAAGAAGCAUAUCGACUUAAAGAAGCAACAGAUGGAGAUGAAGAAGCACAGAAAUUCAAACCGCAAAUUUCGUCGUCAUAUUACCGAAAACGCGCUGGGCAUUAUACGCAGCACUUUGAACAGCGGCGGAUUUGGGCCACAGGCACCCAACUUGAACAAGGAAUUGGGCAUCCCGUCGAAUUCAGGACCCAUGAACCAGCUGGCGGCUGGCUAUCAGCGUCCGCUGUCUCAUCCUGGCGGGGGCAGUGGUGUGGCUGCGGCAGCCGCUGCAGUCACAGCAGCGCAGCAGGAGAAGGGCAUGUUCAGCAUUAGUCAGCUUAAUCUGGACAUAACGGAUCAGCAUGUUGGCAGCAAUGGGCGCAUGGAGAUCACAUGCCUCUCAACGAUACCAGCGACUAUUGGGCAGGGAGAGCAGUAUGCUGAUUACAAAACGUAUUCGGUGAAAGUCGAGGUGGAAGGACACCAGGCGUCCUCUACAUCGACGGCACCACCCAGCAUUGGCAUGGCAGCGUUGGGCAAUGGUAAUGGCCAUGGAAACGAGACGUCAGCCGGAUGGAGGGCGCGUGGAGCUAUCCUGACGCAUCUGUGGUCUCUGGCGCCAAUACUGAUAUUCUUGCUCCCACCACUGCGCUAUUAGGGAGAAUCUGCAGCGAUAGUUGCUUUCAAUCUGUAGGAGAGAAACCACCGACAUAGAAAAAGGUACAUUAACCAAAAAAAAAUAAAAAUUAAACCAAGGACACCCACUGCACCGACAGUAGCAGAAGCAAGAACAAUAUCAACAAGCCAUACAGGCUAGUUGGAUUUUACACACAUAUUGUACACCAAUUUUUAUUUAUUUCAGUGUAAUUAAGCUGGAAAGUUAACUCAUUGUGUGAAGCAAAAAUAUGAGGAAAGCAUGCGAACAAUUUCGAGCGAGUGCAUAAACAAUAAUACUAUUUGUCUUGUUCUGGCAAACUAAAAUAAUGAGUAUAUUUGUAAACAAUUGCCAGGGCUGCAAUUCCACAAAAAUAAAUAUUUGUAAUUCGGUUGCAGUCAAAUGUUAGCAAAGAAGUUUCAUUCUCAGCAGCAGACAAUUUUGUAGCCUACCGAAAUUUUUGUACCGCUUACAAUUGAACAUACCAAAAAAAAUAAAACCCAUGUCCUCCCAAAGAGUUCUUAACGCAGCGAGAAAACAAUCUGACAAUUGGACAUGGGGUUAGUUUUGUAUUUGAAGGUCAGACGGACAGAUGCAGUUAGAUUGGAUGGGCGCCACAUGUUUUUGGGCCCUGCCAAAUAUUUGUGCAAAUGUUCCGACCGAAAAAAUUAUCAAACAAACAAAUUAACUAUGGAAAAAAAGUUUUCUGCAAACUUAAGCAGUCGUUAGACUUCUUGGGCCCAUGUACCUAAAAGGCAAACAAAAAAAGUUAUGCGAACAAAUGAUAUUUUUUAUGGUGUUGUAAUGCUUUGGCUAAUCAGCGAAAUGGCAAAUCUAACGCUAAGUUUAAGGCAAAGUUGAAUUAGGCCCUAGCAACAAAAACAAAAACAAAAAAUAAUUACUCCACCCUCCC